AUGGGAGGCAAAAAUAGGCAAAGAAAAUCUUCAUCUUUUCUAUCUAUUUUCAACAUUUUCAAAUCAAACAAGCAUAGAGGAGGAAGUAAUUACAAUGCUUAUGAAGAAGGAACAAAGCCAGGGUACAAAAUAUGGCCUAGUGAUGAAGAUAAGGGCAGCUGGGGAGUAGCUGAUCCUGUAAUUGACAUGAGAGCUACGGAUUUUAUUGCGCGAUACAAGAAACGUGUCUCGGACUCAGAAAUACGUCAGGCUUAA